CAAGAAGCAUUAUUGACAUCAUUCAAAGCAUUAGUAGUUUAAUCGCCGCUGUCUGGCUGGACACUGCCCGCCCGCAAGUUUUGUCCAUCAAUUAGAAUAAAAAAUGACUUCCGGUUGGACAACCCGACUGGGGUGGCGUUCUCGCUCCGAGCGCGUCCCACCACCAUCCAGUCCCUCACCGAGCUUCAUUCCGCACCAGCAGCAACCAAUUGACAGCAGCGCUACACCAAGCGUUCGGAAUUGUUGGAUUGGUGGAUGGUUGUCUCUCAUCAAUCCAUCAUCGAUCGCUCGUCCCCAAUAGAUAGUGAGCGACCAUGAAGAACUUUUUUCAGAAAAAGGGCACCAAGUCCAAGAAAAGUUCCAGAGGAGAUGGCGUAUCAAAGUCCGCAACGUCUCCGUCUUCCGACUCCAAGUCGAAGAGAUCAGCUAGUUCGAAAUCCAAGAACUCCCAAGGACAAGACCAAGAUGGAGCGGUGGAACGAGAGAAGAAUAUCAACAUGCACAGUCGUGUCCGAGCACAACGUGGUCAGAAUAUCUUUGCUCAACCUCUGGACAUGCAUGAAGGCUUUCAAACGCCUCGCUAUCCAAAAUCAGAUGCAGCCAUUCAGUUUAUCGACGCCGCUUUGGAAGACAAUUUCAUUUUCGCAUCGCUGUCAUCCAAAGAAAGGCGUCUCUUGAUUGACGCCAUGCUCAUGGACACUGUCCCAGCGGGCACCAUCAUCAUCAAACAAGGAGAAACUGGAGAUUUCUUCUAUGUGGUAGACGAGGGGCAAGUCAGUUUCGCCGUUGACAACCAGCAUGUAGGAUCUUGUGGACGUGGAGGAUCUUUUGGAGAGCUUGCCUUGCUCUACAACUGCCCACGUGCCGCUACUUGUCUUGCCAACACUGCCUGCAGAUUGUGGAAAGUCGAUCAGAAAACAUUUCGUUAUAUGCUCGCCAACAACACGAAUGCUCAGCAGAAAGAUGUCCAUGAUGUGCUGCGCAAGGUCCCUUUCCUCUCGGAAUUGGAUAAUCGAGAUCUAAUCCGCAUUUCCGACGCACUCACUUCCGCUAGUUUCCCAGAAGGAGAGAGGAUCAUCAAUAAGGGCGAUGUGGGGGAAGUCUUCUACAUCAUUCGUGAAGGUACAGCAAAGGUCCAUGAAAUUGGAUUCGGUGACAGUACCUACAUUGAACAGCCAUUAGGACCCGGAGACUUCUUUGGAGAGCGGGCUUUGCUCACCGGAGAUCCACGUGUGGCACACGUUACGGCCACUAGUCAAUGUACUUGUCUGUGUCUGUCGCGUGACACUUUCGAUCAGGUCCUGGGACCGCUACAAGGUGCCAUUGACCGCGCCAUGAAGAAGAGAACACUCUUGGGAGUCCCCAUCUUCUCCAACUCCAGGUUCCAGCCAUUCGAAAUGUCAAGGCUCACAGACCUCAUUGUGGAAACGACAUUCCAACCUGGAACUGUCCUAGCUGAACAGGGAAAGCCCCUGGUACAAAACUUGUACAUUAUUCGUUCGGGCAAAGUGUCCGUGGUCAAUUCUGACGGGGUCAUUAACAACCUGAAGGAUGCGGACUACUUUGGCGACAAGUUCUUAAAAGAACCUGAUGGCUUUCUCAGCCCGCAAACUAUUACUGUGCAGGUGGAAACCACUUGCGGUGUUCUCGCCAAACGCGACAUUGAAAGCGUCAUCGGAAACAUCUCACGUCUUGGAAAGCCAGUCAAUCCAACUUCGACGAAACUCAACAAGUCGAUUCGAUUCAAGGAUCUGGUAAAGUUCAGGAUUCUUGGUGUCGGUACAUUUGGAAAGGUCUGGUUGGUUAGUCAUAAGCGUACUGGAACUCCCUACGCUCUAAAACAAUUGAGCAAGCGAGAAAUUAUGGGACAUCACCAGGUCGAUGGUGUGAUUCGAGAGAAGAAUAUUAUGGCUUCGCUAGACCAUCCAUUCGUUGUCAACUUGGUCUCAACCUUCCAAGACGAUCGCAAUCUUUACAUGUUGAUUGAGUUGGUGCAAGGAGGAGAGCUGUUUUCCGUCAUCCAUACUGAAACACGCGACGGUAUUCCAAAUGGUAACGCAAGGUUCUACGCCGCCUGCAUCCUGGAAUCGCUGGCCCAUCUUCAUUGCCGUAACAUUUGCUACCGUGAUCUCAAGCCCGAAAAUAUCUUGAUUGAUCAAAAGGGAUACUGCGUGUUAGUGGAUCUUGGAUUCGCGAAAGUAGUGGUGGAUAAGACGUACACUCUGUGUGGAACUCCCGAGUACCUGGCUCCGGAGAUUAUCCUUUCGAAAGGCCACGACAAGGGUGUUGAUUACUGGGCUUACGGCGUGUUGAUCUACGAGAUGGUGGUGGGCCGGUCUCCGUUCUAUUCGUAUGGAACUGAUCAAGUGAGUCUCUUCAAGCGUAUUGUCCAGGUUAAGUAUUCCUUCCCUCCCGGUGGAUUGGUGCACGAACUGGCACAAGACCUUAUUCAAAGGUUGAUUGUGCGACGGCAGUCCAAUCGUCUGGGUUGUCUGGCUCGUGGUGAUAUGGAUAUUCGUGAUCACAUGUGGUUUAAUAUUAUUGAUGUCGACAAGCUGCUGCGCAAACAAUGGCCAACUCCGUGGGUUCCGAGAAUCAAGGAUCCCUUGGACGCCACACAUUUUGAUUCCUAUCGGCAUCUUGAGAACGAACCUCCAUCCAAGAAACCUCCUCUCAGUGCAUCCGAGCAAGUUGCCUUCGAGGGAUUCUAGAAACAGGACAAAACAAACCCUCUCACCGGCGCUUAGAUUUCUCCAUAGGGUUGGAUUGUCCGUUGCGAGGGGCUUUGGUCAAUGGUGGGUUUGGGAUGCACUUUUUUUUGCUCCCCGCAAGGGUAAUAACCCACGUUUCUCUAAUUGUACUAAAGUGAAUGUUGAAAAAGAGGAGAAUGAUGAUCCGCAGCGGCGUUUGAUCCAUAGUGAAACAUCAUGUAGACAUAAGGUAGAGUCCCUUAGUUGUACAGUACCAUUACUUUAU